AUAUCCUCCAUUUUCUCUUCUCUUCCUUCUUAAACCCUCCACCUUCCUCUUCCUUCUUCCACAAACCCCCUUUCCCCAUUCCCCUUUCUCUUUCUCUCACUUCCCAAGUGGGAUUCUCUUAAUCCCCCUCAAUUCCAUUUCUAUCCUUGGAUUGCUGGAUAAAGCUUGAAACUUUCUGGGCUGGUGUUGGGUUUUCUGAGUCGAAGGAAGCAAAUUUGGUGUGGGAAAAUUAGGAAAAGAGAAAAGGAAAAAGUGGUGAUAGUUGAAAGAGGAUGAAGAUUCAGUGCAACGUGUGUGAGGCUGCUGAGGCUAAAGUUCUUUGCUGUGCUGAUGAGGCUGCGCUUUGUUGGGAGUGUGAUGAGAAGGUUCAUGCUGCUAACAAGCUCGCUAGCAAGCACCAGAGGGUUCCACUUUCCAUGUCUUCUUCUCACAUGCCCAAAUGUGAUAUUUGUCAGGAAGCAUUUGGCUAUUUCUUCUGUCUAGAGGAUCGAGCUUUACUGUGUCGAAAGUGUGAUGUGGCAAUACACACGGCGAAUACUUAUGUCUCCGGUCAUCAGAGGUUUCUUCUCACUGGUGUAAGAGUAGGUCUAGAAGCAACCGAGCCCGGUGGUACUUCUUCAACUUCUUUGAAGUCGGAUUCUGGGGAGAAAGCUUCCGACACUAAGUCCUCUUCUGUCUCCAGAAAGGUGUCGACGAUGCCCCAGUCGUCGGAUUACAAUGAAAUGUUACCCCUUGAUGCUGGGGGAGUUGGCGAGAUGCCUCCGGCUAAGGAGUCUUAUGGUGGUGGUUCUACUGCCGGAAAUAUCUCACCGUGGCCGAUCGAAGAAUUCCUUGGCCUAAAUGAUUUCGGUCAAGGUUAUAAUUACAUGGAAGGAUCAUCAAAGGCUGAUAGUGGUAAGCUUGGGGAUUCUGAUUCUCCGGUCUUAAGAUCCGUCGAAGAGGAAAUGGGAAUGGAGGACGAUGAUGAGUACCUGAGCCGCGUUCCGGAUUCAUCGUCAUAUGCUGUUCUCCCAUGCAAGAGACUCGGUAUUCGAGGCGGCGGAGGCACCACCUUUGAGUUGGUUUCUUCUCUGGUCCCUACCCUCAUAACUUAG